AUGCUUCCUUCUAACUUCUCAUUCCUCUCUUCUUUGGUGAUGCCAGUGUCUCUUCCUCCGCCUUCCUACAACGACGACCCCACUUCGUUUGCCUACACCACGGCCCGCAGAAGAUGGCCCAUUAUCGUCAGAGACAUUGUUUCUGAUCUCGACUUGUACACUUCCGACCACCCGGCCUCGGAGUCGUGUGGCAAAGCCGUGACGGCCAAAUUCAACCAGCUUUUAGACGCCUUUGCCCACGACGCGGCGGUGGCCGCAUUCCUGGCUCAGGACAUUGCAUUGAAGCCCGAACUUUCCGUCUACAACCAGCAAUUGGCCAGCUUCAACGAACAGAAACAGGUCACCUGGUUGACUGGGCCCUGGCUCUACUUGGAGUGCUACUUGUACCAGUUGAUAGAUCUUUACUUCCAGCAAACAGACACUUUGACCAAGUACGAUCCGUUUGAGCGGUUGAAAAACCAGACGUUCAAGCUGUCGAGUUUCGGUGUGUUGGAGCUUUGCAAGCGCUACGAGAUUCUCAAGAGACAGCUGGCCUUGCAGAAGCCCGACGACGAGACGUUGAAGUUGUUGUUCCACGAGUUCAUUGACGUCUCGCUUUGGGGAAAUGCCACCGACUUGUCUCUUCUCGCAGGAAACGUCACUUUGGACGACAUUCGGAGCGUCCAGGGCGCCGAGGUCCGCAAGAAGAACGAAGAAAAGAUCAUCACAAACGACACCGACGAGGCCUGGUCCCACUUGAAGGCUAGCUCGCGCAGCAGAGUGGAUUUCGUCUUGGACAACUCUGGUUUUGAGCUCUUUGCCGACUUGUCUUUGGCGCUUCUUUUGCUCGACUUGAGCUUGGUCAAGAAAGUGGUGAUCCACUGCAAGGAGAUCCCGUGGUUUGUGAGCGACACCAUGCCCAAGGACUUCAACAAUUUGAUCGAGCAAUUGGCCGACCCAUCAUUCUUUCUGGAUAUCCAUUCUGUCGCAGAAGACAAAGAUUCGCUCUCUUUCUUCCUUUCCAACCUUGAAAGCUACGUGGCCAACGGUGCCAUUGAAGUGAAGCACCACAAGUUUUGGACAUCGUGCCAGAACUUUUGGGAGAUCCCACAACAGAAAGACUUGUACGAGGAUCUUCUUGGCUCGAACUUGAUCAUCUUCAAAGGCGACUUGAACUACAGAAAAUUGACCGGAGACUUGCGCUGGGACACUACAACUUCUUUCACCGAGGCCAUCCAGCAAUUGGCCAGUUCCAACUUACCUGUUCUUGCCCUCAGAACUUGUAAAGCUGAUGUUGUUGUUGGCUUGGCCAAGGGCGUUAGUGAUCGGUUGGUUUCUGAGUAUGCCAGUGAGGGCAAAGAGGGAAUUUUCUGGACAGCGUCUGGAAAAUGGGCUGUUAUCAGUUUCAGUGCGGGCCAUUAG